CAAAACGAGUCAUCGAGGGCCUCGUAGCCGCGGCCUUGGGGCCAGGCGGCUGAGGGGUAUAUAGGGCGGCAGCCACUGACGGUGUCAUGUUCCCCUUCAACAGCUCGCCAUGAAGACCUGGGUUCUCGUCGCCGCCCUCGUGGCUUUCCUUGUUUCCGUGGCUAGUGCCAUGCCCCAGCCGGAGGCCGAGCCCGGCUUCCGCGGCGGCUUUGGCCACGGCGGCUUCGGCGGUGGCUUCGGUGGCGGCUUCGGCGGCUACGGAGGGUACCGCGGCAAGAGGAGCGCCGAGGCUGACCCUGAGCCAGGCUUCCGCGGCGGCUUUGGCCAUAGCAGCUUCGGCGGUGGCUUCGGCGGUUUCGGCGGCUACGGAGGGUACCGCGGCAAGAGGAGCGCAGAAGCUGAUCCUGAGCCAGGCUUCCGCACGGGCUUUGGCCAUGGCGGCUUCGGCGGUGGCUUCGGCGGCUUCGGCGGCUAUGGAGGAUACCGCGGCAAGAGGAACGCUGACCCUGAGCCUGGCUUCCGCGGCGGCUUUAGUGGCUUCCAUGGAGGCUUCGGUGGUUUCGGAGGAGGAUUUGGCGGCUUUGGUUACGGCAAGUGAAGGGAACAUCAUGUGCCUUAUCCUAGCUAUCACUUCUAAGGCAUCAAUAAAUUCUACACUCAAUGAAAGCUAAAUAAAACAACACCAAGAAAGGAAAAAGCGUUCCUUCAACGCAUGUAUCACCUUCUGUCAACAAAUAAAAUUCUCGAGAUGC